AUGGCAAGUCGGGAUGUCGCCGGAUCGGCCACCCGGACGUGCGCCGCCGUCAUUCCGCGCCGCGCCGACCUCCCCGCGGAGCGCGGCGUGCUGAUCGUCGCGGCCGCGACGCACAAGCAGAAAUCGAUGUACUUCUUCCUCCUGCAGUCCGAAUACGGCGACGUGUUUAGGGUUACCCUAGAGCACGACCCCAAGGACACGGACCGCGUGACGGAGCUGAAGAUUAAGUACUUUGACACGAUCCCGGGCAUCGGGGAUGACGAGGAGGUGGAGUCGAGCUCCGCCACGCUCAUGGAGACGGAUGAGGGAUUCCAGCCCGUCUUCUUCCACCCGCGCCGCCUCAAGAAUCUGGUUCAGGGCAUCGGGGAUGACGAGGAGGUGGAGUCGAGCUCCGCCACGCUCAUGGAAAUUGAUGAGGGCUUCCAGCCCGUCUUCUUCCACCCGCGCCGCCUCAAGAACCUCGUGCAGAUCGACGAGGUCGAGUCACUGAUGCCUCUCCUCGACCUCAAGGUCUCAAACCUUUUCGACGAGGAAACCCCGCAGGUCUUCGCGCUCUGCGGCCGUGGCCCGCGCUCCUCCCUGCGCAUCCUCCGCCCGGGGCUCGCAGUCACCGAGAUGGCGGUAACGCAGUUACCAGGCGUGCCGAGUGCGGUGUGGACGGUGCGCAAGAGCGCGCAGGACGAGUUUGACGCGUACAUCGUGGUGUCGUUCGUCAAUGCGACCCUCGUGCUCAGCAUUGGUGAUACGGUCGAGGAAGUUAGUGACAGCGGGUUCCUGGACACCACGCCCUCACUCGCCGUUUCCCUGCUGGGGGAGGACUCGCUUAUGCAGGUGCACCCAAGCGGCAUUAGGCACAUCAGGGCGGACGGGCGUAUCAACGAGUGGAAGACGCCCGGCAAGAAGAGCAUCGUUAAAGUCUGCUGCAACCGCUUCCAGGUGGUGAUCGCCCUGUCAGGAGGCGAGUUGGUGCAUUUCGAGAUGGACGUGAGGGGGCAGAUGGUGGAGAUGGGCAAGAAGGACAUGCCGGGGGACGUCGCCUGCCUCGACGUCGCCCCCGUCCCCGAGGGCCGCCAGCGAGCGCGCUUCCUAGCCGUCGGAUCGCAGGGCCCUCAUGUGCUGGCUGUUGAGGCGCGUGACUCAACUGUCAGCAUUCAGAUUGCUCUUCGCUCACUCUCCCUCUGCCCAUCUCCCCUCCCCCCAUGCAUCUACCAGGUGCUAAGUGUGCAGGCGGUAUCCGCCCCACCAGAGUCCCUGCUCUUCCUCGACGUCCCCACCGGCCCCGGCACAGACGGCCCCUCCUCCACCGCAGCCUCCUCCUCCUCCUCUGCUGCCGCCCACGUGCCGUCCAGCCUCUUUCUCAAUGCCGGCCUGCAGAACGGUGUGUUGCUCCGCACCGAGGUGGAUAAGAACUCCGGGCAGCUUUCCGAUUCGCGCACGCGCUUCCUCGGGCUGCGCGCGCCGAAACUUUUCGGUGCCCAGCUGAGAGAGCGGCGCGCCAUGCUGUGCCUUUCCAGCCGCCCGUGGCUCGGGGCAGAGGGCCACGAGUCAUUCCACUACGUGCAGCACAGCCGGCAGGAGAAUCAGCUGUACGUGUUCGCAGACGACGUCACCCCGCGCUGGCUGACCUCCGCCCUGCGAAUCGACUUUGACACGAUGGCAGGCGGGGACAAGUUUGGCAACGUGUGCCUUGUGCGCCUGCCGGGGGAGAUCUCCGAGGAGAUUGAGGAGGAUCAGACUGGCGGGCGUGUCAAGUGGGACGCCGUGGGAGGGGGGCGCCUCAACGGAGCGCCGAACAAGCUUGAGCAGGUGAUUCAGUUCCAUGUGGGGGACAUCGUCACAGCCAUGCAGAAGACGUCCCUCAUUCCAGGCGGCAGCGAGUGCGUCAUAUACAGCACGAUGCUGGGGGGGGUGGGGGCGCUGCUGCCCUUUGUGUCGCGGGAGGACGUGGAUUUCUUCUCACACCUCGAGAUGCACCUGCGCCAGGAGCACCCUCCCCUCGCCGGCCGAGAGCACGUCGCUUACAGAUCCGCCUAUUUCCCUGUCAAGGAUGUGAUUGAUGGGGACUUGUGCGAGCAAUUUCCGUCGCUUUCGCUGGAGCUGCAAAAGAAGAUUGCGGAAGAGCUUGAUCGCACGCCAGGAGAGAUUCUCAAGAAGCUAGAGGACAUAAGAAACAAGAUUCUUGCGGGCCACGUGGUGCACCUGGUCUCGCGACUCACGGGGGACUCCUCCCCUUCUUCCGCGCAUGGCGCGCGCGCGGGCGCGGAGGGGGAGGGAAUCCGCGGAAGGGCAAGGCUGUUGCGCGGGGGACAGGGGAGGGGCGGCGCAGGGGGAGAGAGGGGCAGCGGCGGCGGUAUGGGUAUGGGGGGGAUACGGAUCGUUCCAGGGGGAGGGUUUGGGGGAGGGCUGGGGGGAGGGUUGGGUCACGUGCAGAUUGGCGGCCUGCCUGCCUCUGGAACCGUUCAUCUGGGCACGUUUAACCUCCCAUCGGACGGCUCUCAGGGCCUUCCGGACCUAAACCAGAUCGUGUCUGGUGUGCUUUCAUCCAUUGGCCUUGGAGCUUUGGGGCUGGGGGUGGGGGGCAUGGGGGAAGGCAUGGGCGGAGGCAUGGGGGGCGGCAUGGGUGGAGGUAUGGGGGGAGGGGGAGCAGGGGGUGGGCGAGUGGGGGGGGGUGGAAGCGAGUCAGCAGGUCCCACUGCGAAUGUCACGAUUGACAUCGCCCCCAUCUCGAUGCGAGCCGCUCAGGCCCUUAGACGCUCCUCCCCUGCGGCAGACGGUAAUGCUGCCCGCGACGCUCACACCACCGAUGCUGCUGCUGCUGCUGCGGCUGCUGCUGCUGCGGCUGCUGCUGCUGCGGAUGGACGUGCAGGCAGGGAUGGGGGAGGAAGGGCGGAACAAGAGCAAGCAGGGGAGCAGAGAGCAGGGACGGAGCGAGGCGGUAGUGACGCUGGGGAACGGAGGGAGGGAGCAGAAGGGGCAGAGGGUGGAGGGGGCGGGGUGCCAGAGGUGCAGAUUCACAUGGACACGUGGCUGCCUGUGAGUGGCUUUGACAUGCCCGUGGGCAUGGGAGGGCCAGGCAUGGGUAUGGGAGGAGCGGGCAUGGGAGGCAUGCGAACAGGCAUGGGAGCAGGCAUGGGAGCAGGCAUGGGAGCAGGCAUGGGAGCGGGCAUGGGAGCAGGCAUGCGAGCAGGCAUGGGAAUGCCAUCAGUAAUGGGCAUGGCAGCACCAGCAGGCAUGGCUGUGCCGGUGGGCAUUCCCCUCGGCGGCUUUCCCAUCCCCAUGGGCGGCAGCAUGGGUGUUGCCGGCCUGCCUCUCAUGAUGGCUCUUGGCGGCAUGGGACCAGGGGGGGUGGGCGGGGUAGGGCACCAUGGGGAGGAGCAGGAGGAGCGGGGUGCACGGCAGCAGCAGCAGCAGCAGCAGCAGCAGCAGCAGCAAGGGACGAGGCAUGUGGCGCGAAGGGACGCUCUUUCAACUGUGGACGAUUAUCUUUCACGUGUGGAGGGUCAGCUGAGGCCGUCAGUGGACCCAGCAGAAGCGGCAGCAGCAGCGACAGCAAGAAGGGAGCUACCAUCGCUGCAGCGCCUGGCGGCUACCCUCAGGCGCUCCAACAGCCUCCUCACCGGCCCCCUCUCCUCCUCCCUGCUCAACCUUGCAGAGCAGCUGGAGCACUUGCCGCCUGUGGGCGCAGCUGCUCAACUGCCGUUGCUGCAGCAGAUGCACCUGCAGGCACAGGCACCAAGUGUGGCUGGCAGAGAGGGGGCGAGAGGUGGGGGAGCAGAACGAGGGCGCGGAGGUGGGGGAGGUGUGGGGGGAAGCAUCAGAUUCCCUCUGUUUGGAGGCCAGCAGCAAUCUGCAGCCGCAGCAGGACGCUCCGCAGCAGUAGCAAGCUCAGAAGCCGCAGCAACAGGUGCACCAGCACCCGCAGGCACAGGAGCAGCAGCAGCAGCAGCAGCAGCGCCAUCUGCUCCUGUUGCCAGCUUCUCUCUUCCAGGGGGGGUGCACGUGGGUCUCUUUGGCGUCCCUUCUUUCGCCCCGCACCAGCCUCGUUCCGCGCCCUCUCGCCCUGCUGCCCAUGCCCGCCCUCCAACUGACAGCGCCACCAAUGCUGCCAACCCCCCUGCUGCUGCUGCUGCUGCUAUUGAGCAGCAGCAGGGGCAGCAGCAGCAAGGGCAGCAGCAGCAGGGGCAGGGCCAGGGGCAGGCGGGGUCACCGGUGGAGCAGGUGAGGGCAGCAGCGCGGCUGUUCCACAUGCAGCAGGUUCUGGCUGAAUACAACUCCCACAUGCAGGGACGGGGACAGAGGGCGCAGGGGCACCAGGGGCAGGAGGGGCAGGAGGUGCAGCAGCGGUGGGCAGAAGACGAUUCUGAGAUGCAGGAGAGGCGAGAGCAGCCCGAGGGGCAGGGUGCAGGGAGGGAGGAGAGAGGGCAGCAGGAAGCGCAGGCACAGGAGAGGCAAGAGCAAUCGCCACAACAGGAGGAGCAGCAAGAGCAAUCGCAACAACAGCAGCAGCAACAACGGCAGCAGCAGCAGCAGCAGCAGCAGCAGCAGGCAUGGUUUGCCGGGCAACAACCGCUGCUACAGUUUCCUGCGACUGUAGCGCUGGUGGGCGGUUCUGGCCCCUUCCCCACCAUAGUCAUGCGCCCUCAGCUGCUGCCAGGGCCGGGCGCAGGGGGGGAGGUGCAGGCGCAGGGGGGAAGCAUAGGGAGGGGGAUGGGCACACAAGCAGGGGGGGCGGGUGCACAAGCAGGGGGGGCGGGUGCACAGGCAGGGGGGGCGGGUGCACAGGCAGGGGGGGCGGGUGCACAGGCAGGGGGGGCGGGUGCACAGGCAGGGGGGGCGGGUGCACAGGCAGGGGGGGCGGGUGCACAGGCAGGGGGGGCGGGUGCACAGGCAGGGGGGGCGGGUGCACAGGCAGGGGGGGCGGGUGCACAGGCAGGGGGGGCGGGUGCACAGGCAGGGGGGGCGGGUGCACAGGCAGGGGGGGCGGGUGCACAGGCAGGGGGGGCGGGUGCACAGGCAGGGGGGGCGGGUGCACAGGCAGGGGGGAUGAGCGCACAGGCAGGGGGGAUAGGCGCACAGGCCGGGGGGUUGGGGGUGCAAGCAGGGGGGCUUGAGGCGCUGCUGGGAGGGCUAGGAGGCUUGAGUGGCUUGCUGGCAGGCUUAGGGGGAAUAGCAGGCGAGGGGGGCGGGGAAAGGUCAGUAAAUGCUGGGGGCCAGAGAGGGGUGGUGGGGGGAAAUGGAGAGGACAGAGACGUGCAGUGGCAGGAACAAGAGCAGCAGCAGCAGCCGCCACCAAACCCCACCCAGCAGCAGCAGUCACAGCAGGAGCAACAGCAGUCUCAGCCUCAGCAGCAGCAGCAGCAGCAGCAACAGUCACAACCGCAGCAGCAGCGGUCGCAGCAGCAGUCGCAGCAGCAGUCACAGCAGCAGCAGCGCGUGCUAAGGAGUGUGCUGGGGCAGGGCCUUGGCGCUCUGAGACGAGUGCUGGGAGGGGCAGCUCGAGAGGGAGCAGGGCGGGUGGUGGGAGGAGGAGGCGGGGCAGCAAGCAGGAGUGUAGGUGGGGUGGAGGGGUGUAGGCCGGGUGGAGCAGUGAGGUCCAGUCAAGGGGGAGGCACGUCUGUGAAGGAGAGAGGCAAGGCUCUUUCAGCUGCUGUUGCUGCUGGAAAGCUGAGUUCGGUGAGUCUCUGCAGGGAAAUAAACGGUGCAGAGUACAGGUGUGGAGAGGGGUUUAGAGGUGAUCUCUGGAGCAUGGCACAAGUGAGAAGUGGAGUAUGGGCAUUGUUCAGGUGUGCCUAG